GAGCGGGGUAGGCUGCGCGAGAGGCCAAGAGGGGGCUGCAGGCGAUGGCGGCGGCUGCGGGUCGGCUAGGUUGGGUACUCGCCGCGCUCUGCCUGGGCAACGCCGCUGGGGAGACGGCGCCGGGCCCGCGAGUGCUGGGCUUCUGCCUGGAGGAGGACGGAGAGGCGGGCCCCGGGUGGGUGCACGGAGGGGCUGUGCGGGCAGCGCCGGAGGCCACCUUCCGCCUGCGCCUCCUGGGUUCGGGCUUCGCCAACAGCUCCUGGACCUGGGUGGCCCCCGAGGGGGCAGGCUGCCCCGAGGGUGGACCAGCCACGGCGCCCGAGGAGACGGCGGCUCCCGCGGGCCAGUGGCGCGCGCUGUUAUGCCUGCGCGCCCAGGCCGUGCCCCCAAACUCGGCGCUGCUUGCAGUGCGCGUGGAGCCGGGUGGCGGGGCAGCCGAGGAGGCGGCGCCGCCCUGGGCGCUGGGCCUGGGGGCGGCCGGGCUGCUGGCGCUGGCGGCGCUGGCGCGGGGCCUGCAGCUGAGUGCGCUGGCGCUAGCGCCCGCCGAGGUGCAGGUGCUGCGCGAGAGCGGCUCGGAGGCGGAGCGUGCGGCGGCUCGGCGCCUGGAACCCGCGCGGCGCUGGGCGGGCUGCGCCCUGGGCGCGCUGCUGCUGCUGGCUAGCCUGGCGCAGGCGGCGCUGGCGGUGCUGCUGUACCGAGCGGCCGGCCAGCGAGCGGUGCCCGCGGUGCUGGGCUGCGCAGGGCUGGUUUUUCUGGUAGGCGAAGUGAUUCCGGCCGCUGUGAGCGGGCGCUGGGCGCUGGCGCUGGCACCGCGCGCUCUGAGCCUCAGUCGCCUGGCAGUGCUGCUCACCCUGCCCGUGGCGCUGCCAGUGGGGCAGCUGCUGGAGCUGGCUGCGCGGCCCGGACGGCUGCGUGAGCGCGUGCUGGAGCUAGCGCGCGGAGGCGGCGACCCCUACAGCGACCUCAGCAAGGGAGUGCUGCGCUACCGGACAGUGGAGGACGUGCUCACGCCGCUCGAAGACUGCUUCAUGCUGGAUGCCAGUGCCGUUCUGGACUUCAGCGUCUUGGCCAGCAUCAUGCAGAGCGGCCACACGCGCAUUCCGGUGUACGAGGAAGAGCGCUCCAACAUCGUGGACAUGCUCUACCUCAAGGACUUGGCCUUCGUGGACCCCGAGGACUGCACGCCGCUCAGUACCAUUACCCGCUUCUACAACCACCCACUCCACUUCGUCUUCAAUGACACCAAGCUAGACGCAGUCCUGGAGGAGUUCAAGCGAGGGAAGUCCCACCUGGCCAUCGUGCAGAAGGUGAACAACGAGGGCGAGGGCGACCCCUUCUAUGAGGUGCUGGGCCUGGUCACCCUGGAGGACGUCAUCGAGGAGAUCAUCAAGUCCGAGAUCCUGGACGAGUCUGAAGACUACCGAGAUGCUGCCGUGCGGAGGACGGCCACCUCCCUGAGUGCCCCGCUCAAGCGCAAGGAGGACUUCUCCUUGUUCAAGGUGUCUGACGAGGAAUACAAAGUAAAAAUCUCGCCUCAGCUGCUCCUGGCCACCCAGCGCUUCCUUUCCCGAGAGGUGGACGUGUUCAGCCCGCUGCGCAUCUCUGAGAAGGUCCUCCUGCACCUGCUGAGGCACCCGAGCGUCAACCAGGAGGUGAAGUUUGAUGAGAGCGACCGCCUGGCCGCCCACCACUACCUGUACCAGCGCAGCCGGCCAGUGGACUACUUCAUCCUCAUCCUGCAGGGCAGGGUUGAGGUGGAGAUCGGGAAGGAGGGCCUGAAGUUUGAGAACGGGGCCUUCACCUACUAUGGAGUGUCUGCCCUGACCACGCCGUCCUCGGUUCACCAGUCCCCAGUGCCCUCGCACCAGCCCACCCGCCACGACCUGCAGCCCGAGCCAGCCGAGGGCACCCGCUCCUCCACCUACUGUCCCGACUACACCGUGAGGGCCCUCUCUGACCUUCAGCUCAUCAAGGUCACGCGGCUGCAGUACCUCAAUGCACUCCUGGCCACCCGAGCCCAGAGCCUGCCACCGUCCCCCGAAAACUCUGACCUCCAGGUCGUCCCGGGCAGUCAGACCAGGCUCCUCAGUAACAAGACCACGGCAGCCGCGGGGUCCAGCCACAGCAGGCCCUGUGUCCCAGUGGAGGAGAACCCUGGGCGGAAUCCAGGAGUCUAACUGCUUGCCAGGCGCCAAGCUGGGGAAUGGACACGCCCGUGGGGAGCUGGAGGGAGCCGCGGCAGCUUCGCAAGCCAGCCUGUCCCCACCGCUCAGGCCACGUUUUAGAUGGCCCUUAUAGACGCGGAUCCCAGGCCUCAGUGCCAGAGCCUUCGGCAGGCCCCGCUGUCCUUCAGGAGGUGGGGUCAGCUGGCGCGGACCCCCAGGCCUGCCUCUGGAAGAAACAAAGGAACAGAAUCAUCUCUGGUCCCCAGGGCCCAGCUUCCCCUUCCCCUCUGACGCUGUGACAGUGCAGUGUCUGUACCUCUUCAAGCCAGGCACUGCGGCCAGUUACCGCCUGCGUGUGGCCGCGGCCUGUGUCCGCUCUGCUUUCCAUUGGCUGACCUCUGCUGCUGGCAGCACUUUCUGAGCAAAUGGAGUUUUAGUUGGGGUUCAUAUCCGUGGCCUGGUCCACGAUGUCCUUUGUCCUUGGUGGCUCCCCUUACCAUGCCACGUGUCGGUUCACGUGCCCUGGCCUUCUCCACGUGCCAGACCAAGAAGUGGGGCUCCCUGCAGGUCUGUUCCUCGCCCUGCUACUUCCUGUGGAGAUGGCCUCUCCAAACCCUCCUGGAGUCCUGAGCAGCAGGUGGGGCCAUCCCUCUACCCUGUGCUUGUUGCCACCAACAGUAUUGUCAGUUUCUGUGUGGAGAAGGGGUCAGGCGUGGGAGGAGGGGGUCGUCCUGCUGUGGCUAAGCCCCAUCUCCACCCACCCCACCUGGCUCAUGCCUUUGGCGGAGGUGCCCAUGGAGGUGCCUGCGGCUGUAAGGUGCGGAGAGCAGCAAGGGACAGGAAGGCUGCUUGUGACUAGCUGCACCAGCAUCGCCCUUCUUUCCUUCUUUCUUAAAAAAACAAUGACAGUUUCUCUCA